GUGGUGACAUAAGCAUACAUUUAUGUCGGCGUGUGACGCACUGCCCUUUGACAAGCGCCACUGGUUUAGAGUGCCACUCCGUAUAAGCCUGUUUUGCACUCGCAAAGGCUCAGACUUCCACAACGGUUUCAAGGCCACCGUCCCCAACUUUAAGAAUGGAGUCUCCUGGGCCAGCGACCGGGGCAGGAUACUUUUCUGCACCUUUCGAACGCUUUAUACGAGACGAGACAGGCGCUUUUACCUUGCUAGAUACGAUGGAGACAUUCUUUGACUCUCGGCUGGACUUACUCCAGCGGCAGAUACAGAAGCACAGCGAUAGAUUGAAAUCGAAAGCCGAGGAAGCCUUGAAGAAACGUGUGCAAUCAAGCGAUGUACUAGCAGAGAAUUUUGAUCGCGAGAUCAAAAACUUCAAGCUGAAGGUUUCGCUUCGUAUGCAAAACCUAGCGGAAUCGUGGCAUUCCGCCAAGGUAGUGAGAACUCGUGAUAAAGUGUCGUUUUUCUUUAGCGUCAUGUCCCUCCUCGUGUCGGCGUUGCUCUUUGGCUUAGCACCACAAUGGAUCCAUAUCGCAUAUACAGUGCAAGGCUUAUAUCUCCUUCCUCUUCGUGCCUACCAAUACAAGAAGCGGUCAUGGCAUUAUUUCCUGUUCGAUCUCUGCUACUACGUCACGAUCCUCAACUUCAUCUACAUGUGGUUCUUCCCAUCAAAUACAGCGCUGUUCAUGGCUUGUUAUAGUUUAUCACACGGCUCGCUCGCUAGUGCUGUUAUCACUUGGAGGAACAGCCUUGUUUUUCAUGACACGGAUAAAGUCACGUCGUUAUUCGUGCAUAUAUACGCGCCUUUUACAUUCACAGUGAUCAGGCACUUCUAUCCGAAUGCAGAAGACAGAUUCCCCGCGCUGAAGGCACUCCCGUACCUCAAUCCAGUCCGUGCUCUCCUUAUGAGCGGCGCUAUAUAUAUCUGUUGGCAGUUGAUGUACUGGAAAUUUGUACUGGUAGAUCGUCGAAGCAAGAUUGCAUCUGGCCAGCGAACGACGUCCUUUUCUUUCCUUUUGAAUGACAAGCGUAGUGCCAUUGGGCGAGCUUUGUCGACAGUUCCUCCAAAGUACCGUGAAUCUUCAUUCAUGACGGGGCAACUUGUAUACUCUCUCCUUACAGAACUGCCUGCGGUGUUCUUGUUGUAUGAUAGCCCUAUGUGGAGUGGAGCGUUCCUUUUGUUUAUAUUCUCUGUGAGCGUGUGGAACGGUGGCGGAUUCUACAUCGAGGUAUUCGGUCGCAAAUUCGAACGCGAAUUAGAGGCACUUCGAAAGGAGCUUGCGGACGGCAGUAAUAAUAAUAGUAACAAUGGCAACAGUCGCUCUGGCAGAUCAAGUCCCACAUUUACAGAUGGUGAAUCACUUGUCGGGACGCCAUUAUUAUUGGCCCAGACGUUACCAACUACCUCCCUUGAUGAACUGCUCGCAGAAGCCGAAUCCUCUGACAAGGAUAAGGAUUUAUAGGCAUAAUGCCAACGGUUGCCCAGUUUCCUUGUAUCUCUGGGUGUUUUGGAAACGCCUUGGAACGUCACAUAUAACAAUUUGCUGUG